AUGCCGUUUUUGCGGCGUUUAAAGGUUUCCCUGGUUCGCUUGUAUCGGCAGGCGCGCGUCGAGACCGGCCUCCUGGACGGGUCGGUGCGCGGCGCCUACAGCUACAUCGACGCCAACGGCAAGCUCAUCAACGUGCAGUACCUGGCCGACAACAACGGCUUCCGCGUGCUGGGCGCCAACAACCUGCCCGAGGCGCCCGCCGCCAACCCCCUCAAGGGGCCCGAGCCCGUCAAGGACACCCCUGAGGUGGUGGCCGCCCGCGCCGAGUUCCAGAAGCAGUUCGCGGAGGCUGCCGCCGCGGCCGCCGCCGCCCCCGAGCACUCGCAGUCGCAGUCGCAGUCGCGCAGGAAGCGCCAGGUGCUCCUCACGCCCUUCGCCGCCCCUCUGCACGUGCCAGCCGUCGGCAAAGCGACCGUGCGCGUGCAGCAGUUCGAGCCCGUGGCCGGCGCCAAGGUGCCCGCCAGCACGCAGAAGGUGGAGCUGAAGGAGAGCGACAAGGAGGUGGCCGUGCCCCUCGCCUACGCCGCCGCCCCCGCCCCCGCCGCCUACGUCGCCGCCGCCCCGCACGUCUACUCUGUCGCCGCCCCGCACGUGUACAGCGCCGUCCCUCAGGUGUACGGCGUCGCUCCCCAGGUGCUGGCCGCCCACGCCCCCGCCCCUGCCCUGGCCAAGGCCACCGUGAAGGUGCAGCAGUACGAACCCGUGGACGCCAAGGUGCCCGCCAGCACCCAGAAGGUGGAGCUGAAGGAGACCGAACAGGAGGUGGUGGCUCCUAUCGCCUACUCGCAUCUGCCUUACUACAACAUCUUCGGCUAA